CUGGUUUCGACGUAAGAUUUCCUAUCAUUCUCCCAAAAGAGAGUGAGAUUACUCAACGCCUCUUGGACCACUACCAUCGUCGUUACGGACAUGCGAACAAAGAAACCGUCGUAAAUGAAGUCCGUCAACGGUUUCAAAUUUCGCAUCUACGAUCAGCCGUAGAAAACAUUGCUCGCAGUUGCCAGUUCUGUAAAGUGAGCAAGUGCAAGCCUCUUCCUCGUAUGGCUCCUCUUCCCGAACAACGAUUGACGCCGAACGUUCGACCCUUCAGCUACGUCGGUAUUGACUACAUGGGUCCGCUGGAGGUAACUGUAGGUCGGCGCAAAGAGAAAAGGUACGUGGCCGUUUUCACGUGUCUAGUGGUACGAGCGGUUCACCUGGAAGUCUCCUAUGACCUUUCAAGCGAAUCUUGCAUCAUGGCAAUCCGGAGAUUCACACGCAGACGAGGAUCACCGGUUCAAAUCUUCUCCGACAAUGGCACUAACUUUGUCGGGGUCAAUCGCGUACUGCAGCAGCAGAUAAAGCAGAUCGAUUUGGAGUGCGCCGGUACUUUUACCGAUGCACGAACGAAAUGGUCGUUCAAUCCACCCUCCGCCCCUCACAUGGGUGGAGUGUGGGAACGCAUGGUGCGGAGCGUCAAAGAAGCCAUGGCUACGUUGAAUGAUGGUCGGAAACUAACCGACGAAAUCUUGUGGACAACGCUAGUUGAAGUAGAGGGAUUGAUCAACUCACGGCCCCUCACGUACAUGCCACAAGAUUUGAGUAAUCCCGAAGCCCUAACACCCAACCAUUUUGUCUUCGGAUGUUCUUCAGGCGCUCAUGAACCAAUGGAACCAGCCGUUAAUCUGGAGCAGACGCUCCGACGUAGUUUCCUCCGUUCUCAGCAGCUAGCGAACCUUGCGUGGGGGCGAUGGUCAAAGGAGUACUUCCCUACAAUCAAUAGAAGGACGAAGUGGCUGGAUGAAGUAAGGUCCUUGAAGGUUGGUGACGUCGUAUACGUAGUAGAAGGCAAAAGAAGGUCAUGGGUUCGAGGCGUCGUGGAUGAAGUCAUUUCCGGUAAGGACGGCAGAAUACGCCAGGCGAUCGUUCGCACGGCGUCCGGUAAGUUAAAGCGGCCUGUGGUAAAGUUGGCGGUAAUGGAGCUGGGUGAAUCUACGGGAGACCAUCCCCCACGGGGCGGGGGAUGUUCUGGCAGCACGGACGGCGUUCGCGAAUGCCGAGCUCAGAAUCCGACUCAUCGUGCAGAUGUCUACGACCGCAACAAUGAGUGAAGAGCAAAAAGGCUGAUGUCGAGAAACGUGUGGUGCCUAUUGUUGAAGCUGGAAAUUUGAUAUGCGACGGCGGAAAACACUUCCUUAAAGCAUCGUUUCCUAGGGAAAGGCGAACGGCAUAGGCAAGACUAAAUGUACCAGAUAUCACAUGACUCUCUCUAAGUGCUUACUAAUAAAAACUAUUAUUUUUAGCUUUGAGCUGCACACAGAAACCGCUGCUACAAGAAUCUUCCCCUAUC